GGAUUUCCUAGCAAAAAAGAAAAAAAAAAGAAAGAAAUUGAAUGACCCGUUUUGCAAUCGUCUGACCCACACUGUCUCUUUCUUCAACAACAUCCCCUCGUUUUCUAGGAAACGAUUGAUGAUGUGUAGCUGUAGAUAAUUAUGAAUGUUUGUUUUCCUAAUUCGAAUGAUCUAUCCCUAUACGUCUUAGGUUUCCCUCCUAGUCUACGAUGCCAUCCUGAUUGAAAUAUGGAGAGAGGAAAUCUUGCCUCACUUGCUCAAGACCGAGUCAUCCCUUUCACCUUUAAUGAUUUACUCGGUGGUGAGUUGUCACAGAAUAACAAUAACGAAGAGAGCCUCCUCACUCACAUGAUUGUCUGUGUGUCCGAAAACAAAAGCCUUGUAAAACAAAUAAAAGAAAGGAAAAGACAAAAGCCUUUCUCACAUGCAAGACAAUUCCCUUUUUACCUUAUUGUUUUGGCAGCUGUACCACGAAGGAGCAGUCAUUAGCUUGCUGGAGCUAUUGCUGUACCAUUCAGCAGCCUGUGAAGCCCUGGGCGACUCAAUCGUCGACUUGAUAGACUAUUGCCACCGCACGCUUUUGCGUUCAGCAGCAUCGCCGUCGUCGUCGUCAAGGCACCACCCGUCCUUGGCCGACAGCCCAGUCCUCAAGCACCUGGACGUCAGCCACUUGGAGGCCAACAUCGCCAUCCGCUGCAUCGCCAUUCUGCGUUUUCUCGCCGGUCACGCAGACAAUUUGUCCGAAAUAGUUACAUCCCGGAUGCUUACAACGACGGACGUGCCACUGUUGGCGGUCCAGCUACUGACGGACCAGCGACCGUGGAUCCGGCGGGAAAAACGACGACGUAUGGGCAGCGAUGACAGCGGAAGUCGAGACGAUGGUGACGACGAAAUAGUCGAAAUCUACGAUAACGGUCAAUGGCGUCCGUGCACUGACGAUGAAGCAUCCGGCUCAAACGGUGGUCAACUCCAUCCAGUAGCUGCACACCUUUGGCUCCUCCUCCUGUCCCUCUUGAUGAAUCCCGUAGCUCCUCGCAAAUACGAACUCAACGAUUUCCGUUGCCAACAGUUACUCAAAUUACGUUCCAAUUUGAAUGACUACGUCAUCGAUCAAAUUCCACCGCUAGCCCAAUUCGAACAGUGGCUGGUGCAGCUUUCGGUUGUCGGCGCCCAUCAAGUUUGGCGUCAUUCAGGCCCCACCCAAAAGCCUUUCAUCCUAGAACUCGUGGCCGAAAUGAGACAGCUCUUGCUCAAACAGCUGGCCGUCAAAUGGACAGCCAUUCUUGAUGGACAGCGACAGUUUCUCAGUGACGAAUCACCCGAAACUGUUCAAAGGUUGGCGGCUAUUUAUGAUCCGGAACACCUGGAAACAACGUUCAACCAUUGCACUGCUAACGCAACUGUGCCAACAACAUCAUCAGCAGCUCAAAUCAAUCGCCAGACUUGUACGGCUACUUCGUCCUGCACUUUGUGCGACAAACAGGCACAACAUCGUUGCUCACGUUGCCGAUGUCAGCAUUAUUGCAGCAAGGAAUGCCAAGUAGCGGAUUGGCCGAACCACAAAUCGGAUUGCAAACCAGCGUUGAAACCCCUGACUCGACGGGAUGGAAACCACCUCCUCCUUCUCCAACAGUGACACACACACACACACACAAUCGUCGUAUUAACUUUCAAGCUACAUAGCAGCUGUUACGAGUUCCAAAGACCGCUUUUCUUUUUUUCUUUCCCGUUCUUAUCGUAAAAAAAAAAGAAAAACGAAGAGAGCACAAAUAUUUAAGAGUCAAGGGUGCGUGUUUCUUUUGAAACCCGGGCAAUCUGAUUUGGCACGUUAUUGCGUCUGUCGUUUCUCUUUACGUUUUCUUUUUCGUCCAAAAUCCAACGUCCCUCUUCCUUUCUGGACUUUUACCCCUCCGCAAAGAUUAAAUGACACGUUGUGUGUACCCUGUCUCGCUUUGCUGUUAGCCAAUAUUUGCUCGAUGAAGAAUUUUUUUUUUUUUGAGGCCCGGUUUUGUAUCAAUGGCCAGCAGCAGUCACUUGCGCAGCACCGGAUAUUUGAUGUUUUUUCCCCUCCAUUUUUAUUUGCCUACCGCAGUGUAUCCACACACACACACACUAUUGGCUUGUUUUUUUUUUUUUUUUCCUUCAAUAUGUUCGUUUUAUUGACUAUCCUCUAAAGCAAACGUGAGAACAGACGCUUAUUGCUGCGUCCAUUUCUGCCGGGAUUUCCUAAUCUCUCACUUUGGUGUCAGUCACACGGAGAGCAAACAACUUUUUUGGACACGCAUCGUAGCAUUUGUUCUUAUUGGUUAUUUAUCUUUGUUAUACCUUUGCCUCGUCGGCUGCAGUAAUCAAAAAUUGUUCACGGCAUACCCACAAACACGUUUCAUUUCUGGACAAGGACAUUUGUGUGUUUCUGAUCGUAUUCCACACUGCGUUUUGAGUUGUUAUCUCUUGGAAAUUAGGUCAAAGUUUACGAGUGAUAUUUAAUCGACAAUGUUUCUGCUUGUAGGAUUAAUACGCAUAAAUGUUUUAAACAUUUUUACCGAGCUUGUUUAGGGUUUGACAUGUGUUAGCAGACGAUAUCUCGUUUCAUGUUUCGCCAUUUGAAAUAGACAAACAUGAGUGAACAAGA